CUUGUCAUAUUAUGUUUUGAUAUAUGAGGUUUUACCAGCAUAUUUGUUUUCAGAAUGUUAAUCCAAACCCAAGAGUAUCAUGUGGACCUUAUAAGCCUUUGUAUAAGAAAGCUGAAAUAAACACCAAGGUUUCAACACCGCAGUUUGGACCAAACAACCAUGAUACGGUUGGAAUGGUUGUGAUUGAUAAUGAAGGGAGAAUGUGUGUGGGAACGUCAAGUAAUGGAGCCAAGCAUAAGAUUCCAGGACGUGUAGGAGAUUCUCCUAUCCCAGGAGCAGGAGCAUAUGUGGAUCAGGACAUAGGCGGUGCAGCAGCUACAGGAGAUGGUGAUAUUAUGAUGAGAUUUUUACCCAGUUACCAAGCAGUAGAAAACUUGCGACAAGGAAUGACCCCUCUUGCUGCUGCAACUGAUGCUAUCUAUCGAAUAGUUAAGAAAUAUUCCGACUUUUCUGGUGGAAUCGUUGUUGCCAACAUUAAGGGAGAUUAUGGUGCAGCAUGCCAUGGAAUGAAUGAGUUUCCAUUCUCUGUAUGCAACCCUGUGUUAGGAACAGUUAAAGUUAACUAUGUUCAAUGUAUAAGUAUUUAAAAAAUUGUUUAGAAGAAAUAUAUUUAAUGAAUUUCAAUGUCUUAGAACAAUAAUUGUGUUUUUUUAUAAUAAAUGUAAAGUGAUUAAAGCUAACUAUGCUCUAUAAUGUAUUGAAGUGAUUAUUCUAACAUUUUUUAUUUUAGAAAUGUAACAUUUGGUCUUCCUCCUUGUGGUUAAGCCCCAGAAUAUUUACGAUAUAUUAAACUAGGUUUCUGAAAA